CUGGAAGGUAGCUGAGAGUUUUUUGUCCUGCAGUUGGCGAUGAGGGUGACACCCCCCUGCUUCUGCUCGGUGUACCUUGGGAGCUAAAAUCAUAGGUGUAGUUAUUUGAGCAGGAACAUCUGGAACAAAGCCAGACAGGGUUUUUCCUGACUCCAUUUGCCUUCUCUCCCAGAAAUAAUUCCAGAAUCUUCUGUUCAUAUGUUUUGUUGACCAACAGCAAUAGCAAAAUGGAUGGAUCUCUGAGGAUGGUGUCAUUUGAGGAUGUGGCCAUUGAUUUCAGCUGGGAAGAGUGGGAGUACCUGGAUGAUGAUCAGAAAACAAUGUAUAGAGAUGUAAUGCUGGAGACCUACAGCAACCUGGUGUCCUUGGGGCACUAUGUUCCUAAAUCUAAAGUGAUUGUCAAGCUGGAGCAAGGUGCAGAGCCAUGGAUGAGAGAAGCCUCGGACAAAAAAUUAACAGGUCAUGGAACAUUCAGAGAGCACAGUGGAACACAUUUUGGAAGUACUUUGUGUGUAUGUGUUGUGUGUGUACAUAUUUUUGUGUAAAAGUCCUGGUUUUCAAACUAUGAGCCUGGGCACUGUCCUUGAGCUUUUGUGCUCAUAACUAGUGCUCUAUUAAUUUUAGGCUCCACUUCUGACUUUUUGGUGAUUAAUUGAAGAUAAGAAUCUCAAAGACUUUUCUGCCCUGGCAGGCUUCAAACUGUAUUUCUUAGAUUCAGCCUUGUAAUUAGCUAGAAUUAACAAGCAUGAUGCACUGGUACCUAAAAAUUGAAGCAGAUAUAAGGAAAUGGAAAAACCCUCUAUGCUCCUGGAUAGGAAGGAUAAACAUCAUUUUAAUGCCCAAAGCAAUUUACAUAUUCAAUGUAAUACCCACCAAAAUCCCAACAACAUUCUUCAAAGAGAUAGAGAAAGCAAUUCAGAAAUUCAUAUGGAAUAAUAAAA